AGGUAUCAGUGAAACUGCCCAGUCGCCGUCGACGCUCGAGGAGGAAGUUGGUGGUGGCGCCUUUGCAGCGAGGCGCGUGCCGCGGAAAUGGGGCGCCUCGGCCGGGCUUGGCUGGGCUUCGUGGUGCUGCUUGGAGCUCUGAUGCUCGCUUCUGCCACAGGUAAGGCACGCGGAGCCCUGUGCUCCCGAGGGGAAGAAGGUGGCGGGGUCCUUUUCUCUGCCUGCCCUCCACCCUUGCUCCUCCUGGAGAUUUCGCUGGCCUUUGGCUCAGGUAGACUUGGUUUGCCUCUUCUUAGUCCGAGCAGCAGGAUCGGAUCCAUGUUUAGGCAAAGUGGAACUAAGUGCAGUGGGGCUCCCAAACAAAUGUGCAGAGAGACUUGCACCUUUGGGGAUGUUAAACACCCCCCCCCCCACUUUCCAUUAUUAUUUCUCCGUGUAAGGUAAACAAGGCUUAACUUAAUGUCCUGCUUUGAGUGCAUGGCUGCAAAUCGUAUAAGCUGUCCCAAGCAUAUACUGAAUGCUUCCCCACCCCUCUUUUUUAACUUCUGGGUCGCCAUAAGUCGUGUUUACCUGGAGUAAAGCUCUUCAGCAGUGGCUUUCAGACUGCUCAACUUUAUGGAGUCUUCUCCACACUGAUUUAUUUGCCUUUAGAAAGUGCGAACACCACUGACUUACACUUCCUCCUUGCACCUUUUGGCUUUCACUUCAAAGCUGCCAAGUGACUAAUUUCAGUGCCUAAAACAUUUCUUUUUUUGGCGCGGGGCUGGGGGGACGACUUAGAACAUUGUGUUAAUAUCUGAUUUACUUUGAAGUCUACAAGAAUUAUCUGUGUUCUUGUGAAUGGGUACUAGUUGUUAUACUUCACUUUGAUCUCUUCAGUAAGGCAUCCAGUGAAUCUUGUAAAUAACAACAAUAAAAAAUUGUCUCUAAGACAGAAGGUUCUUACAUAAACCUGAUAUCUUGACAAUGCUUUCCUUUGAACCAUGGUUUAUAUUUAAAAUAUGUAUGUAAAAUAGCUUGACACAGACUGAUUUUUUUACCACAUUAAAAAACCUAGUCUGAAAAAGAAAACUUAAUGAAUCUUUAAUUAAGCUCUCAGACAUUAGUGCUAAGGAUCUGAUCUCCUGAAAAAAUCAAAGUAUAAUCUUCCUGACUGUAGCAAAACAGUUCUAUCAUGCAUUAAGAUGGGAUUUUUGGGAGCAAUGGAUAACACUUUAGGCCAGGGGUUAGCAAACUUUUUCAGCAGGGGGCUGGUCCACUGUCCCUCAGACCUUGUGGGGGGCAAGACUAUAUUUGGAUAUUAAGAAGAAGAACAAAUUCCUAUGCCCCACAAAUAACCCAGAGAUGCAUUUUAAAUAAAAGGACACAUUCUACUCAUGUAAAAACAUGCUGAUUCCCGGACUGUCCACAGGCCGGUUUUAGAAGGCCAUUGGGCCGGAUCUGGCCCCCAGGCCUUAGUUUGCCUACCCAUUCUUUAGGCUGUGAGAUUGAAUAUAAUUUUAUUAGGCUUUGGUAUUAGCUUGUAGUAAAUGAAUAGAAUGCAUAAUCUUAAAAGGUUAGGAAAGUGUUGGUAACUUGGGGCUCUUUUCAUGCCUCCUGGGUAUGCCUUGCAGUGCAAACAUUCUCAGGACUUCAUUUUGCGUAAAUGCAACUUGUACAAUUGUAAAAUGGCCUUAUACCAGUUCAUUGAAGGCUCUUCUUAGAUCACUAAAUGGACAUCCUCUUUUGCUUACUACUUUUUGUAAGAAUUGACUGGGCGGUCCAAGAUACUAAGAUUGGAUAAACAAAGUACCGGUAUUCACUUUGUGUCUAAACUGCUCGAUGUCAAGGAGUAUUUAUUUAUUUAUUUAAGAAGAGAUAAUGUAAGUUUUCUGCUUUGCAGUGGCUUCUCUGCAGCUUUUAAUUUUGUGAUGGUGUUAAUGGUUGUUUCUGCAUCUGUUAAGCUUCUGUUUGAAUCUAAAUGCCUUUUAUGGUUCCUGCAACUUCUAUCUGGGGAGCACAGUUAAUUAAGAAUAAUCCAAUACUUCUUUUCUAUGGCAUCUGUGCAUUUAGACUCUGGUUUUGUUGCUAUGUUAUAUCAGCUUGAGUAAUUUUCUAGAAAAACCACUCUCGUUUUUAAAAAUGGUUCAAUAUCUACAAAAGAUUUUGUAAUAUAUUUGCAGGAGUAUGGCACCCACCCCUAACAUCUCUUUCAGCAGAAGCCAAUGAAGUGGACUAAAAAGUCUGGCAAACUAGCUACACACACAAUUACUCAUUUAUACCACGCCAUUGAUGCACAUGAAGCUUUCUGGCGUAAAACCAAAAAGGCAGUUCCUGUCAUUCAAAGAACCUGUAUUCUGAAGUUGGAGGGUGGGGGGAAAGCAGAAGUAUGUCAGAGACAAGUACAUAUACCGUAUUUUUCGCUCUAUAAGACGCACCAGACCACAAGACGCACCUAGUUUUUGGAGGAGGAAAACAAGAAAAAAAAUAUUCUGAAUCUCAGAAGCCAGAACAGCAAGAGGGAUCGCUGCGCAGUGAAAGCAGCAAUCCCUCCUUCUGUUCUGGCUUCUGGGAUAGCUGCACAGCCUGCAUUCGCUCCAUAAGACGCACACACAUUUCCCCUUACUUUUUAGGAGCAAAAAAGUAAGUCUUAUAGAGCAAAAAAUACGGUACUUUGUUGUGGUUGGAGAUAAGCUGUACUUCCUGGAGUGAUAAUCAUACAGAAGGUCCCAGGUUCAAACCCCAGCAUUUCCACGUAGGGCUAGUAAACACUGGAGAGCUGCUGCCAGUCAGUGUAAGACAGUAUUGAGCUAGAUGGACUAGUGGUCUGACUCAGGAACGUACCAAGAGAGUGGGUGGUUUUCCUAGCCAGGUCUGCCUUGUUCCUUGGGAGUAUGUUUUGCCUUCUCAUACUCAUCUGUACUGAAAGGGUAGCUAUCACUUGCACACUGCCUGUUCACACAUAAUGUCACUAUAUCUAAACUAUCCACUGCAGCUCCUGCAAUGUGCCUUGGCGCCCUUUUCAAAUUUGACACUGGAGAUUGUGGUUUACAUCUUCCUACUGCAGGAGGAAUGGUGGAGCAACAUUCCUAGGGCUAAGGGACUAGAUUUGACUCUGUGAGAAAUCACUGGGUGUAGUUGUCUUGCAAGACCUAACUGCAGACGCCAACCUUGCUCCUGAGGAUUUCACAAUAUGUUGUAAAAAAGAGAGAGAGAGAGAGAGAGAGAGAGAGAGAGAAAGCAUUUUGUAAAAUUCUAUAUGGCUGGCCCUACCAUUGGGUAGACAGAGUUGGCUGCCAUAGUCUGCAGAUGCUGUAGGGUGUGGAACGAUGACAAGAUGUUGGGUGAUGGAGCUCUGGGCUGCAUGGCCUCUCCUGCACCCCCUAAGCUAGCCACCACCUCCAGGGCACAAAUGAGGUUGCUAUCCUAUAAUGGCUAUUUGAUUAAGAUCCAACCGUCAGAUUGGUUGGUUCCUGUACAUAGACCAAUGGGGUAUGAUCUUUUCCUUUAAGCUGGGCUGCAAAAUAUAUUGGGUUGGCUCUGCAGAGUGAGUUUAAAAGUGAAAUUAGUGUAGACUUCACAUUGUGACCUUUCUGUGGUAGGACAUGGGUAAUAUUUCCAGGGGCCAAGAGAACACUGGAGGUAGGAGUAGGAGGCAUGUUUCUUGCUAUCUCUUCUUUCCCAUACCUCCUGCUCAUUAUUUGUGUACACUAAAAACACUUGCUAACAAAGUGAAAACAAAAAAGUUUCAAUACUGGUUUUUCAGGUACAUUUGAGUGUGUGCUAUACAAAGCACAAUCUAUUCCAGUUUUCUCCUGCUCAUAGCGCUAAUGAAUGAGUGAGCCUUUUAGUCAGUGGCUCCAGUUAGCAUCCAGUGUUAAUAUCUAACUACAUAAUGGCAUGAGUUGCAGCUGUGUAACAACUUUGCUAUUAGUCAGGGCCAAACCCUCUUGCAACCGAGUGUGCUGACCAUGUUAGGUAGUGGGGAGCAGGCGUUGAAGAGCACUUUGGCUUAAUGCUCCACCUACUAUUGCAUUAGUUAGGCAGAACUAUGUGCUAUGAAUGAAACAUAUUGUCCCCAGUCCUGUGCUUACUUUAUAUCACUGAUGUAGAAGAAAGGUAAAGGGACUCCUGACCAUUAGGUCCAGUUGCAGACGACUCUGGGGUUGCAGCGCUCAUCUCACUUUAUUGGCCGAGGGAGCUGGUGUACAGCUUCCAGGUCAUGUGGCCAGCAUGACUAAGCCACUUAUGGCAAACCAGAGCAGCACACGGAAAUGUUGUUUACCUUCCCACCUAUUUAUCUACUUGCACUUUGUGCUUUCGAACUGCUAGGCUGGCAGGAGCAGGGACCGAGCAACGGGAGCUCACCCUGUCACGGGGAUUCAAACUGCUGACCUUCUGAUCGGCAAGCCCUAGGCUCUAUGGUUUAACCCACAGCACCACCCAUGUCCCAGAAGAAAGGUACUGUUAAGUAUUUGGGAGAUAGAUAGAUAGAUGAUAGAUAGAUGGAUGAUAGAUACAGAUGAGAAUGAAUGAAGACAAUGUGUUUCUCUCCCUUGAGCCCAAAAGAGGGUUCAGUCCUUUUUGUUUUCAAAACUCUUUCAUAGCAAUGCAUAGGUUAUUAAUCCAUAACUUCCACCUACUUUCCCCAAUACCAUUUAUUCUUUGUGUAAUACACUUACAAUACAAAUGCAAUACAAAUACUCACUGGAUUGCUUGACAAACUCUUAAGGCACAAAAUAAUAAGCCUAAUUGGUGGCAAAAAUGGCUGAGAACCAAUGAAGUAUAGUGGUUAGAGUGCCAGGCUAGUACUGGAGAGACCUGGGUUCAAAUCCCAACUCAGCCAUGAAGCUCAAGGUUGAGACAUUUCUUCAGAAACAAUCUUAUUUGCAUCACAGGAUGUUUGUGAGAAUAAAAUGAAGAGGGGGAAGCAGUCCACCUCCUUGAAGGAAGGGUUGGAUAAAAGCAUGGUAGAUAAUAAAGUAAAAUGACCUCCAUAGGCUUUAGCAGGAACAAUGGUCAGGCAUAAGGAAGGAUUAAGCAUGAUGGAUAAAUAAGGUAAGAACAGCCACUGAGGGUUUUUCCAGGAACAAUGGACAGGCAUAGGAAAGAUUAAUCAUGGAAGGUUUUAACAAUGUAUUUGGAUGGCAUGCAUACUUAUGGUAUGAUAAGGUCAAAGCACACAAAGCAUUUAAAAAUCAUAUUGUUAGGAAAGCAUUGUUUAAUGUCUGGAUAAGAUACAAAGACUUAUUGGAAAAUAAAACCCCAAGGUGGCUGUCACCAAUGGAAGCAAAAGCUCUGAAAAGGCUCAAUAUGGAGGCCAAAUGGCCGACAUAUUGGGAAAUUUUGGAGCAAGAAGGAGAUAAAUUGAGACUGCAGAGUUUUGAAAAAUUAAAAAUAAAGUGAGAGAUUGGCUCCACUACUAUCAGAUAAUGGAGGCAUAUAAUUUGGAUAAGAAAAUAGGCUUCCAAGUGGAAAAGUCAAAAUUAGAAACAGAAUUGUUAGAACCCAAAACUAAAAAUUUGUCAAGAAUGUAUAACUUGCUGUUGAAAUGGAAUACUCAGGAUGAAACGGUGAAAUCUGCUAUGAUUAAAUGGGCACAAGAUGUUGGACAUAAUAUUAUGUUCGCUGACUGGGAACAGUUAUGGACCACAGGUAUGAAGUUUACGGCAUGUAAUGCCUUAAGAGAGAAUAUUAUGAAAAUGAUAUACAGGUGGUACAUGACCCCAGUCAAGCUUGCAAAAAUUUAUCAUUUGCCCGAUAAUAAAUGUUGGAAAUGUAAAGAAACUGAAGGUACAUUCUUUCACCUUUGGUGGACGUGCCCAAAGAUUAAGGCUUUCUUGGAAAUGAUAUAUAAUGAACUGAAAAAGGUAUUUAAAUAUACCUUUCUGAAGAAACCAGAGGCCUUUCUCUUGGGCAUUGUCGGCCAACUGGUGCCAAAGAAGGACAGAACCUUUUCAUGUAUGCUACAACAGCAGCAAGAAUACUUAUCGCAAAGUAUUGGAAGACACAAGAUCUACCCACUUUGGAAGAAUGGCAGAUGAAGGUGAUUGACUACAUGGAAUUGGCGGAAAUGACUGGCAGAAUCCGAGACCAGGGAGAAGAGUCGGUGAAAGAAGACUGGAAAAAAUUUAAGGACUAUUUACAGAAAUAUUGUAAAAUUAAGGAACUUUAGAAGGAUGCUGGAUAGAAAUUAAGAGGUUUUUAGCUGUAAUGCUUUAAGAGACAUGGGGAAAAGGGUUAACAAUUGGGUAAAAGAUUAAUGGUAAGGAUUUGCUGAACCAACAAACUGAAUUGGAAUACAAAGAAGGGAGGUAUGAGGAGGUCUGGGGAAAUAAGAGUAAGGAAGAUAGGUUAUGGAACAUUAUUGUGUUUUUAACUGUUUUAUUUUGUAUGUUUUUUCUUACUUUUUGCUUUUUUGCUGUAAUUUACACUUUUUUCUUUGUUUUCUGUAUUUUUGUGAAACUUUAAUAAAUAUCAUUUUAAAAAAAAAAAGGAAAGAUUAAUCAUGGCCUUCACACUCUCUUCAAAAGAUUCUAAAAUUGUGGAUCGUCUUGAUGGAGUCAAGCUUGCCAGAUAGCCCUGUCAGUUCAAUGGUAGAACUCCCCCAAACCAAAUUGAAUUAUAGUAUCCAAUUAAGUAUUUAGGAGUGUUCCCUAUGUAGGCUUCAUGAUUAUCAUGUUUGGUUUUUCACCAAUGAGCAGCUAACACUCUUGCUUUUAUCUCCUUUUUAGAGAGAAAUCCAACCAACCGGACAAAAGGAAGAAGCUUUAUUGGUCAUAAGGUCAAUGCAAGCGACACCUCUAAAGAUGCAUACACUGUGGAUGCUUUUGCAGCCAAAAUCCUCACUGGCAAAUUGACUACAGUCUUCCUUCCCACGGUCUACAUUCUAGUGUUCAUCAUUGGCUUGCCAAGCAAUGCUAUGGCUCUGUGGGUCUUCUUCUUGAGAACGAAAAAGCGGCACCCAGCAGUGGUCUAUAUGGCUAACCUGGCAAUGGCGGAUCUCCUCUUCGUUAUCUGGUUCCCUCUGAAGAUUGCAUACCAUAUUAAUGGCAAUAACUGGAUCUAUGGCGAAGGCUUGUGCAAAGUACUCGUUGGGUUCUUCUAUGGAAACAUGUACUGCUCUAUCCUUUUUAUGACAUGCCUCAGCGUACAAAGGUAUUGGGUGAUUGUGAACCCCAUAUUGCACUCAAGAAAGAAGUCGGAAAUUUCUGUGGGGAUUUCAGCUGCAAUAUGGGUACUCAUCCUCCUUGGCACCAUUCCAUUGUAUCUCGUUGACCAAACUGUUUAUGUUUCUAACCUGAACAUCACCACUUGUCAUGAUGUCCUGCCUCAUGCAGUGUUGGCUAAAGACAUGUACAACUACUUCCUUUCUCUAGCAAUUGGAGUUUUCUUAUUCCCUGCUGUUCUCACCACUGUUUCCUACGUCCUCAUGAUAAAGACUCUGAACGCUUCCAUUACAGAUGAGAACAUUGGGAAGAAACGGAAAAGAGCCAUCAAGUUCAUCAUUACUGUGCUUUCCAUGUACUUGAUCUGUUUUUUGCCCAGUAAUGUUCUGCUCGUGUUACACUACGCCCAGAUCACAACCCACAACACCAGUAAUGUAUAUGCCUUGUACAUUGUAGCGUUGUGCCUUUCUUCCCUAAACAGCUGCAUCGAUCCAUUUGUCUAUUACUUCAUUUCAAAGGACUUUAGGGACAACCUUAAAAACGCACUCCUCUGUCGAAGCGUGCGCACUACAAGGAGGAUGCAAGUCUCUCUCUCGUCAAACAGAUACCCAAGGAAGUCCCCCUCUUAUUCCUCCGGUUCACAGACUACGAAGUCAACCUACUAAAUUUAUAUUUGGAUGGAAGUUUGGUCUCCUGUUGGCAAUGAAAAACUGAACAGUGUUUGCCUUACAGAACUUCAUAAGAACUUCCAAACUGCUGUAUCCUUCCAUCUUUCCUGUGGGAUGGAAAAACCAAAAGCAGCUGGCCUGAUACUUGCGCCAAACAAAUCAUCAGGCUUCUGCUUCUGUAGACAAGUUAGUUGGUUUUAAAGGGAACCUUCAGCGUAAAUGCUGAUAGCCACUGCUAGUUCCCAGGCUUAUUGUUAUGGUCUUAUGUAAUCACUAAUCUUCAGUAAUAAUUAAAAGGUUUGCGUUUUGAGGGUCACAGUCCUUCAUGAGAUAAGUCUUACAACACACAUGUAGCAGUUUGUAGACAGAUGAUUCAGUUAUGUUUGCCAAAUCUCAAGGCCCUAUUGUAUUACUGAUGUCCAAGUGAGUAUUGUUUGCACUGAGAUAGAUAUAGAUAUAUAUCUAAGGUUUUUUUAUAUAUAUAAUUUAUAGACAACUCUUUAUAUUUUGAAUAUGCUGUGAAUAUGCAAUGAGACCAAUAAUGUAGUCUCAGUGUAACAUGCAAUUAUGUGCUUUUUUCAGAAAUGUACUUUGCAGUAAUUUUGUUUCCAAUAUUUUAAACUUUUUAUAAAGUGGUGCUUUUAAUAAACUCCGAUUUUUGUCUAUUACGUUUAAGGUAUUACUAUUGUCUCAAAAAGCAUUAAAGCAGGGGUGGGAAACCUCAUACCAUGGAGCCCAAAUGUGGUCCUCCAGACCUCUCUGGACUCUUCCCAAGUGGCACCCCUGCAACUUGUUCUGCCCAUGAACUGAGCCAAGGUAGGGUGCCUUGUGAUAUUUGUAUACUCUGCUCACAGGUAACAAACUGACCAAUGACCUUUCCGUUCAGCAAGUUCUUAAAUGUGGAUUAUAUGAGGGACUAUGGGAUCCAGUUUGAAAAAUAAAUUUGCAGAUUUUCAAAAGGACUUAUUGGCCACAUUUGCACAUCAUGCUAAGCCAAACGGUCUGCCUUCUGCAAUGGUGAUUGCAGCCACUUUGUUCCUCCCUGGUUCUUUUAGCUCUGCAUAAUGCAGCAGCUAAGCUCUGCCUGUUAUAAAAAACAGGAAUUGUGCUUAAGUUCUUUUUUUCUAACCAUGAUCUGUAGCCAAGGUUUUUUCUCGGGUACAGAUCAUGGUUAAGGAGGACUUCAGUGACUAGUAUGCAUGACACACACUAAGCCAAACCUGAGCUAAAAGAAUUUGUCAGGAACAAAGCAAGAGUGAGCUUUGCAUGAACUAAUAUGUUUGCACAGUCCUGCUAAGCCAUAGUUUGGUUCAAUGAGGCCCUUCUUCAUGUGUCUCCUCCAUGAGAGGUCCAAAAGGUGACAACACAAAACAGGGCCUUUUCUGCAGUGGCUCCACAUUUGUGGAAUGCUCUCCCCAGGUAAGUUCGACUGGCAGCUUCAUUAUACAGCUUUAGGUGCCAGGCGAAAACAUUCCUUCAACCAGGCCUUUGGCUGAUUAACAUCAAUACCCUUUUAAAUGAGUUUGUGGGAGGGGGGUUAUUGGUUUGUUUUUGUUCUUACUAUGUAUUUUGUGUUUUUUAUCUUACAAUUUUAUGUUGUGAACCUCCCUGAGAUCUACGGAUGAAGGGCUGUAUACAUUUUUUAAAAAAAACAAGAAUAAUAAACAUAAUUAAAGUGUUAUGC